CAAAAGCUGGUCAAGAGGUAGACGUCACAAAAGUCGUUCGUUGUGAAUCUAUUUUUGGAGUGUGUCAACCCCAAGUUAGUAAAUCAGUCCAACAGAGAACAACAAAAUUAUAAUACGCUGACUGCACCCAAAUAAUACUCGUGACCUGACAACUCAGAUCUGUUUGGGUCGUUGUUUACCAUGGUUGUUACUAUAAUACGUGUGAUUUGAUGACCCUGCCUGGAAAGGACAGCUUUGGACAUAGGGAGUUUGGUUGAGCACCAUCCCACAAAAUAAUGAAGAAUACAGCAUAAAACAAACUUUGAAUGACUAUUUGCAAACAUUCUUGUAUUUUUCAGGUUCGCAAUGACCAGAGGUCCAGCUGUAAACUAGCUUGCUUUCAAUCAUUGUUAAUCCAUGGAAUGGAGCAAAGGUUGACAUUCUCUCAUGCAUACAGUAUGAAAAUCGCUGCAGGUAGCACUUUACCGCCAUGUUCGUCAUUGUGAAAAGUUUCCCUCUCACCCCCUCUGUAAUGUGUAACAUUGGAUCCUCUGUGGAAGGGAAUAGUUCUAACAGGAAUCUCUACUUGUCUGCUUAGAACAUCUGAAUUGGUGGUUUAGGCCCUACUCUCUGGUUUCUAUGAAAAUUCCUAUAGCAAGCCUCUUCACUAUAGCAAUACCACUUAGUCAUUUGAUACAGUCAGAGGUAGACUUGGGACCCCAGUGUCCACUGUCAGGCCACUACCAUGGUGAACAAAGACGCUAUGGUGAGUGGGGACAGGGCUGUGGAGGAAGAGGCUGAACUGGAGCUGAAGGAGACCUCCCCUGGAGAGCCUGACCCUGAGGUGUCUCUUCCCCCACCUGAGGACCCCUCAGACGGCCAGACCAAGACCGCCCGGACCUGGGAGUUGUCGGUGGUGUUCCUGUGUUUCUAUGGGUUUAUGGUGCAGCUGAAGCCUGGGGAGCCCUUUAUAACACCAAACCUGCUCAGCAUGGAGAAGAACUUCACCAGGGAACAGGUGACCAAUGAGAUCAACCCGAUUCUGUCCUACUCCUACAUGGCGGUGCUGGUGCCAGUCUUCCUCUUGACAGACGUCUUGCGUUACAAGCCCGUCCUGGUCCUCUCCAGCCUCAGCCACGUGGCCAUCUGGCUCCUCCUCCUCCUGGGCUCCUCUCUCUUAGAGAUGCAGUUCAUGGAGUUCUUCUACGGCAUCACCAUGGCAGCACGCGUGGCUUACUCCUCCUAUAUCUUCUCCCUGGUCACCCCAGAGCUCUACCAACGCGUGGCCAGCUACUCACGCUCUUGCGUCCUCAUGGGGGUGUUUGCCAGCUCGGUGCUGGGCCAGGUGCUGAUAUCCGUGGGCAGGCUCUCCUUCGCCACGCUCAGUGUUGUCUCCUUGGCCUUGGUGUCCUUCGGCCUGGUGCUCUCCUGCUGCCUGCCCUGGCCCAAGAGGUCCCUGUUCUUCAACAGGGCCCACCACGCUGCCCAGAGGAACCUCCAGGAGCAGGCUGCCGCCCAGUCAGAGCUGGCCAGGAUGAAGCAGGGUGAAGCGGACUUGGGUUCAGGUGACACACCCUCCCUGGCCCCCCUCAGCUCUGGUUCCUCCUGGAGGGACUCAGUGUUUAUUCAGAUGCUGACGGAGCUGAGGAACAUGCCGCGGAGGCCCAGCCUGAGACUGUGGAGCCUGUGGUGGGUAUUCAACUCCGCUGGCUACUACCUGGUGCUGUUGUACGUCCAUGUCCUGUGGAACAAGGUGUACCCCGCCACGGAGAACAAACACGUCUACAACGGAGGGGUGGAGGCUGUCUCCACACUACUGGGUGCGAUCACGUCAUUUGCAGCGGGCUUCGUGAAGAUCCGCUGGAACGUGUGGUCUGAGCUGGUGAUCGGCGUCAUCACUGCUCUACAGGCUGGCCUGCUGCUCCUCAUGGGGACCACCAGCAACAUCUGGGUCUGCUAUGUGGCCUACUCCCUCUUCAGGGGUUUCUACCAGUUCCUCGUGCCCAUCGCCAUUUUCCAGAUCGCCUCGUCGCUCACCAAGGAGCUGUGUGCCCUGGUGUUUGGGGUCAACACUUUCCUGGCGACCGUUCUGAAGACCAUCAUCACCCUCAUCGUCUCUGACAAGAAGGGUCUGGGACUAGACGUGCACUCCCAGUUCCUGGUCUACUUCUUCUACUUUGCCUUGCUGACGGUUAUCUACCUGGGCUGUGCUGCCUGGGUCAUCAUUCACCACUACAGGAACCAAUCGGCAGGAGGGAGAGGGGACACAGACCAGGCCACGCCCACUGAGCUAUGUUCCGUACCAUCAAACCCCUCAGAGAUGGAACCUCUGUCCAAUGGGAACAAUGUGAAGGCCUGAAAGGGAUAUUGUGGAAUGAUGGCAGUGAAGCCCUUUAUCUACUUCCCCAGAGUCAGAUUGGAGACUAUUUUUAUGUAUCUGCAUGCAGUUAGAAGGAAUUUGCUAACUAGCGUUAGCGUAAUGACUGGAAGUCUAUCGGAACAGCUAGCAUGCAAGUUGUCCCUGUAGACUUCCUGUCAUUGCGCUAGCUAACGCUAGUUGGCAUUGGCUCGCGAAACUACCUCUAACUUCUUUCAUACUGGAUGCAGAGACAUAAAAAUGAUAUCCAUGAGUUCAUCUGACUGUGUGGAAGUAGAUAAAGGGUCUCCUUGCCAAAAUCCUCAACUAUCCCUUGAACAUUGUCAUCUUUACAUCAACACCUAAACCCCCUACACUGACUUUGAGUGGUCUAAACUGUCUGGGAAUCUCUGCUACGGUUUCCACACGACUGCACAAGGACAGAUGAGACUUAGAGGUAAGUCGAAACCUCAUGACACUUCGUUGGAUGUGUUGGGGGAGUGUAGUUUACCAGUAUUAGUGAACAGUCACUGUUCUCAGCCCUUAGUGCCUUAUCCGUUAUAUCCAAUGUGUAUUCAGUUCACCAAAAGGAUGUUAUUAUGGAAUACAUAUAUUUUUUUAAAGAAUUACAGGCAGGGCCCACCUACAUUACUACAAGAUAAUAAAAAAGCUCACUCGAUCGAGCCUAAUGGUCUUGUAAGCAGCGGUGGAAAAAGUACCAACUUGUCAUACUUGAUUAAAAGUAAAGAUACCUUCAUAGAAAUGACUCAAGUAAAAGUCUAAAAGUAUUUUGUUUUAAAUAAACUUAAGUAUUAAAAAGUAAGAGUAUAAAUAAUUUCAAAUGACGUAUUAAGCAAAUCAGAUGGCACAAUUGCAUUUUUCUUCAUCAGUAGCCAGGGGGACACUCCAACACUGAGACAUUUUGUGUUUAGUGAGUCCUCCAGAUCAGAGGCAGUAGGGAUGACCAGGGUUUGUUCUCUUGAUAAGUGUGUGAAUUGGACCACUUUUCUGUCCUGUUAAGCAUUCAAAAUAUAGCAAGUACUUUUGGGUGUCAGGGAAAAUGUAUGGAGUAAAAAGUACAUUAUUUUCUAUAGGAAUGUAGUGACGUAAAAUUUGUCAAAAAUAGAAAUAGUAAAGUACAGAUACUUCUUAAGUAGUACUUAAGUAUUUUUUUACAAAUCACAUUAUUGUGGGAGCACCUCUAAGAGAAUGAAUUAGGCUGUUUGGGAAGGUUUGCAUCCUAAGCAACCUGCCUCAACAUUGUUUUCGAAGUACAAUAGACCAGCAUAUAGCUACUGUAGUAGCUACAUUUAAGGAAUUUUAUUUUUCGGCUUUAGACCAAUCCCUACAUCUCACUCAAACAGUGUUUUGUUUUUAAUAGUCAGUUUGGGCCUAGUUGUCAGCCUAAUGUUCUCAGAGAGACUGUUGACAUGUACUAUGUAGUGGCUGCUUUGCUCUUCUUAUCCCAGAAACAUCCCAAAUGGUGUUGUCCACUGUUGAUUAUGUUCAGAGUUUUCCAAAUACAGGGUAAUCAUAUGUUCCCUGAUGUUAAAGCAUGUUUGUUUUCGUAACUCUGACUGAGAAAAUAAUAAUCUCAAUUAGAGGGGACCAAUAGGAAAUGAUCUACAGAAACAGUCUAACUAAUUCUAUUGGACUACUUCUUCUACUGAUGGAACAAUAGCCUGUUAUAUUCAGCAAAUGAUUCACUGUUUGCGAUCAUUAGGAAUUCUCGACAAUUGCUGCAAUUGUAUUGAUUAGCGCAAACCAUAUUUUUGAAUCUGUGUGUCUAUUGUUAGCUGUACAGAAGUCCUCCAGUGAGAGAGGUGUGCCUUACAGGAUCAUGAUUACUAUGUGAUCACAUUAGCACUGCUUUAGAUUAAGUAGACAUGUGACAGGAUGCAUUUUUGGGCUGCUGAAUCUUCAUGAAGAUUUUUCUUUGAAAAGUGUAAAAGGAUUUUCUAAAUGAAGCCCUUUUGUGUGUAUGUUCACUACACUCCCAUUGUCUUAGGUUUAAUCAGCGAUUGCUUGUGAACAAAGCAGAUGCCAAUUGUUUUAGGGCCUUCAAACUAACAAUGUCAGUGGAUUCUUUUUGAUUUCACCUUUAUUUAACCAGGUAGGCCAGUUGAGAACAAGUUAUGCUUGCUGCCAGUGAGUAAUUCAAUGCACCUUGUGUCAGGAAGUGUUUUAGCUACCAUGUUGUGUGUAGUUUUGCUUACGGAGGGUGGGGUACGUUGAGCCAUUUUUUACGUUCAGCAUCACUACGAGAUCUAUUGUAUUCUUUCUAACAAAGAUAUCUACAUAUAUUUCAGGAUGUUGUGUAUCCCUGGAAAUAAUCCAAAUUCAUGUAAACUUUACAGUUUUGAAAACAGGUUGUCUGGGGGAAAAAAGUGGUCUCUUGGCAUUCGGGUAAAUUGAGCCACGGAAUAGAGCAAGUUAAGCCGCAUAGAAAUGUCUCUACUGAAUGAAAUAUUACCAAAACCUUUUAAAAAUAAUAUCUAUCUUUAUUUCCCGAACACAAUUGCUUUUUCUUUUUAAUAAUUUUAAGCACCUUUUUAACACAGGCUCCUAACAAACACUUUGUACUUCAUAUAUAUAUAUAUAUAUAUAUAUAUAUUUUUUUAACUUUGGCCAGGCCCUGUUACCUCAUCCCAGCGAUAAUGCCUUGCAUUAUGCCUGGGAAGAAAACACUUCAAUUGGCUCAACUUUUACCCCAAGGCAAACAUUUGGAUUAUAUUAGCACACACAGAUACAAUAAUUUCAUGCUUAUGUAUAGAAUAAUCUUAAAAUGAUCUACUUGGCUUUAGAUACAAGCAUCAUGAAACCUCUAUAACAGAAAAUAAUUUGACUUGGUGAAAAUCUUUUCUUUUUUACUUUACUUUUUUCAUGUGGUUUCUUCCUUCAGACUCAAUGAAAUGAUGACCCUCUUCCUAGAUAUUUGGUCAAAUUAUAACAUUUUGUGUAUGGUUUCCUAGAAACAAGGGUGGCUAUCCCACUCUCCCCUAUUUUUGUUUAAAUGUUUUCAUGCAGAUUUGUCUUUUCUCCCCCAGCAGUGCUAAUCAUAAAUUCAUUGUCAUCUAUUGUAAUAGGAAGCCCUCAUGAAUGUGAAUGUGUAAACUGGAGUAUAGUUGUUAUGAACUACUGCAAAUGAGUUUUGAGGAUUUAGCAAUGAGCUGGCAGACUUUUAUUCUGCAUGGUAUUUUCCAGAAUUUUCUAAUUAGCUAUUUUGUUUAAAUGCAGGGGUUCUCAAACGUUUUUGCUUCGUGACCCACCAAUUGUGCUGUGUUUUGAGUCUCCACCCACCAUAAGGGUCGAGUAGUAAAAAACAAACACACACAGACCAAAGCAUAAAUACAAAAUAUGAUCUUGGCAGCGGACACUAUUUUGCAGUUUCAAAGCUAAUCCCCUGCAAUUUCACAUCCUGCCAUGGAGUUGAAAUAACAUUUUAUUGCAAUUUUAAAACCAAUUUCCAGCAAUUCUAUGCAUUUUGCCAUGGAGCUGAAAUUUUGUUUGCUUUUAAGCAAAUUUCAUACAAUUCUAUUAUGCAUUUUGACAUGUUAUGUUGGUACAUAAGAACACCAACCAUCAGUGGAGGCCUGAUUGUCUAGCUUUUAUUUUGUUGAUUGUAAAUUCUCAGAUUAUAGGCUAUUAUUGAAAAAUGUAUAGGUCCGUUCUCUUUUCUGCAUCCCAUCCCACAGUUUGGGAACUACUGUUUUAAUGGAACAAUUUAUUUAUCUGUGUAUAAGAGUGAAAUUGGGUUUUCUUAAAUGUUUGUCACAGGAAAUAAAAUGCAAAAUGAAGUUGAAAAAUGUAAAUAUCUUUUCGGCCUAUGUUUAUUCUUUGGAAUCUGACAACUCUGGGAACUCAUAUCUGGUGUACCCUUUACAUUCUAAAUGUGUUUAUACCAUACUUAAAGUACGCCCAUAAAUGCAGAUUACACCUAACCUAUUUUGUUUUUUUAAUUGAAGUUGCCUUUAGUUUAAUUGCUGUGCAUAGAAAGUGGUUUGCUGAAUUCCUGUCCCCUUGAGUAUUCUUAGGACCAUCUUACUACAAACUGAGAAAUCAUGUCAGAAUAUAGACUAUAGUAGUUUGAGUGCCUAUUAAUUACAUGCAGGGUGGAUAAAAGAUGUGUGUGAACAAUACAAGCACUUAACUUGAGAACGCUAUGCAACUUGAACUUUGCACUAUUCUCUAAUUGAUUUAAAAGGUCAUAUCUCAAGGUAGGUUUCAGCCUAUAGUGAUGAGGUUGUAGAGUAUACAAUGAUUUUUACAUGGUCAUAUGGCCUCGUAAACAAAUACAAAGGUAUGAGAUUAAUUGCACCUAAUGGUCUAUAUGCCGUGCAGUAUACUAGCCAACGAGUUCAGUAUAGGAUAAGAUUUGUAACGUUAACUGUCAGAAUUGUUCAUGUUUAAUAUUGUCACACUGACUUCAAUCAAUGCCGAAAAUAUACACUUUGGGUGAAUGACUGUGAACCUAUUUUGUUGCUGUAAAAAAACUGACUCAUGUCAACAUUUUAUUUUGAUUUACAAAUAAAUCAGUUUGUUUUUCCAAUGUGGCAUUUGUUUUUUGUUUUUAAUAAACGUUGAUGACAUUGAAACUCCUCACCAGGGUCAUACACCGGUUAAUUCAGUGAGCUGCAAUGCUUUGGUCUUUGGAUUAAAAGCCUUAUUUAAUUUCCAUCACAGUGCAUAGACAUGAAAAACACUUAAGAGCACUUUUGAGGAUUUUGAAACGCAAAAGGACAUUGCAAAACAAAAACAUUGGCAUUUGAUUUUUGAUACAAAAUGUCAUGAUUCUUGGCCCAGACUCAUCUCUUCCUCUGUCAAUACAUAGAUCCAUGGAGUACAUUACUGAAAAGUGUGAAUGUUAAAACUACUUAACAAAAUGUUAAUCGCAAAAUAAAUACUCCUUUUGUUAUCAAAACAUUUGAAAUAUCCUGUUCCCUUUUGAUGUCCGCUAGAAAAAUAAAACCAUCCAACAUUUAUGACAAUGUUAUAGA